GGAGGCGGCGAGCCGGCAGCGGCCGCAGACCCCAAGUUCGAGUGGGUGGAGAAUGCCGGUAAUUACGUGCUUCGCCUGGCCCUCCCGGGAUUCAGGAAGGACCACUUCCGUGUGCAGGUCGACGGUGCCGGCAGGCUCACCGUCCGCGGCGCCAGGCCUGGCACUGGCACAGCAGCCGGACAGAGCUCGUUCAACAAGGUCUUCCAGCUGCCCUCUGCUGCCAGCCUAGACGACAUCACCGGCAGGUUUGAGGCCGGCGUGCUCACGCUCACCGUGCCCAAGCGCGCCUCCGCUGCCCCAAUGCCGACAAGCAUCGAGGACAUUAAGAGAAAGCAGCCCAGUGCGGCGAAGGAGAACAAGCCCAAGGAAGACGAUAUCGGCAACAAGGAGGAUGCUUCGAAGAAGAAGGCCAUGGAUGAGGUCACGAAGAAGACUCAGCAACCACCAAUGAAGCAAGAGGAAGAGGCCAGCAAAGGCAAGCAAGAGCAGCAGAAGCCAGCGCCGGCACAGGUGGAGAAGGAAGAAGUGAAGCCCAAGGCACCUCAGGCAGCAACGGCGCCACCACAGAAGCCGGCGCCAGUGAAAAAAGAAGAAGAAAUGAAGCCAAAGGCAUCUCAGGAGGCAGCUGCAUCACCACCCGAGAAGCCAGCACCGGCGCCCGAGGCUGCCAGCGGCGCCAACAAGCCCAAGGCGGCAGUGGCCGCCCCUGAGAGCCUGGCGGAGAGGGUAAGGCGGCGCCGCGAGGAAGAGGGUGCAAGUGCUGCCACGAUGGCGGCAGCCAAGCGAGCGAAAACAGAUGAGGAGAAGAAGGCGUUAGCAGCGUGCAUCAGCUGGAAGGAGCGCGUGCAGGGGGAGCUGAAGGUGCUGACGGACAUGAAGUGGGCGGACCAAAUGGUGGAGUCCGCGAAGAAGAACAAGGAAGUGGUGGUUGUCAGCAUCGCCGCCUUCUCGCUUGGGCUCCUCGUCUCCCAGAAACUCUUCAGGAAGUGAAGCUGUAAAUGUACAGGGAAAGAUGUAACUAAAGUGUGUACAUAUUGACACAACAAUCAUGUAAAGCUAGUAUUUGUGUAAUUAAAGUGGGUACAAUGAGACAAGUAACAUCAAUCAAUAUAUCAUGCCAAUAUCUGGUACAA